GCUUCUUCCAAGCACUUGACAGGACCAGAGCAGUAACCGCGGGUCGAAUCGACGUAGCCACGGUAGCUCUUCGUCGUGCAUAUAAGUCAUCCGUCCUCCAAUUUCUCUUUCUUCCCCUACCACAAACCAACUGUAGCUUCAUCCAACAAGACCAUUCUCAUCAACAACACCUCAAUCACCUCACAACUACACACAUCUCAAUCACAAUGGCCACUCUACACUACCUCCCACCUGUCAAGCCCUCCGCCAUCGCCCUAGGCGUCGUUUUCAACCAAGUCGCCUCCGUCGGCGUUCUUGCCCCUCUGUUCGGUGACACCUACCAACGCGCCAAGGCCGCCGACAGCAAGGAAGAGUUCUUCAAGAGCAAGGAAGCUGCCACCGCGGCUGCGAGCUGGGGUUCAUCCCUUGUUGGUUCAGCCAUUCAAACAUACGGUGUUGCUGCCCUCAUCAAUGCCACCGGUACCCUCAGCUACAAGGGAUCCGCCUACCUAGGCAGCUUGAUCUUCAUGGCUUCCUACUCUCCAUCUCUCGUCUCCGCCGUUGUCACUGAGAACCGACCCCUCGAAGUCGUCGCUGUCGGUGUUCUGUCUCGUCUCGCAGAAACCGUCGGUCUCAGCAUGUUCCUCACCUACUGGGGCACUCGAACCAACCCAUUCGACUAGAGAAUUCGCAGUCUAAAUGAUUCAGAAACGAAGGAUACUGGUGACAUAGUUGAUCUCAUUGGACUCACCACUCCUCAAAAUUGAGUGUGAGAGGCGCAUCAGGCUAAAGUUGAUGGCCGUUAUGUAUUCAUAAUCGUACAACAAUGAUGAAAAUCACCAAGCACAAUUGCCUCAUUUUCCAGGAGCCCAUUAGACGCAUUCGUCGUAUGUCUGAUGUUCAUUGUUCAA